CGGCGCGACUCGCGGCUUUCAGGAAAAAAUUGAACGUACCGCUGGUCAGUAAACUGUGAGACUUCCACCGAUUCGUCAGGUGAAACGUCGUGUGAUUAUUAAAUUUCUCUUCUUAAUUGCACCAUUGAAUAUCUUAGCCGUACGAUAAUUCACCGAAGUUAUUCAACUAUCCAAAAGAGUCCAGCCAUUUCGAUGUGUUUCUUCGACGCGGUUAGCUGUCACAUCGUCAACGAUACCACAGCAUAUCACCUAACUUCUCUUGCAACUUACUCAUUAUUUGUCGUGUAGUGAAAAAGCGACGUCGCAGCAGCUAUGGAUAUCAGUUGGUUACGAAUUGCGAAGUAAGUCCAACGUCCGUGUAGAACUGAUCGAUUCGAGGAAACGUUUGUGGUCUGAUGUAAAGUAUUCGUCAUCGUGUCAAGGAAACUGGUCAUUUUCAAGUCGUCAGAAGCGUAAUAAACAAGUUUUACUAUAAACAAAACAUCAAGAAACGCGACAUUAAGAACACAGAAAUAUUAAGAAACAAAUAUAGAAGUCAUUAUAGAGAAUAGAACCACGUGACAACAAGAGACGUCGUGCGACAACGAGAGUGACACAUAACAAACAAUCGAAUAGUUUGGUAAUCAAGAAAAGCUAUUGGUGUAACAUGAACAAUUUUGAUGAGCACAAGUUAUAAUAUCGUAAUUCCCCCGGAAAAGAUGCAGUGAAGUUGGCUCGGUGGAUGCCAUUGACCGCCAUAUUCAGGAGAAUCGUUCGAGACAGUUUCGAAAAAAAACUGGAAGGUGGUAGAUCGGGUAAAGUGACAGCAGCGUCGAAAGGUUAAGGACCCGUUCGUUGAACGUAUUUUGCGACGUGGAAAUCGCAGUGAAACGCAGUGAAAAACCUGUCGAGAUGGAGUUCAAGUUCAACGUAAAUAAACUCUUGCCCAGAAAGAUCAACAAGGUCACGCAUACCCUCAUUCCAGAGGACUUCAGAGGUGAUCGUCGUGAAUUGAACGAAUGUCAGAGGCAGUUAAGCAGAGUUCUCGACGACAUGGGCGAGGCUUCUGCCAGAGCCCAAGGUCUGAACAAGUCAAUAACCAGCGCCGUAAAACUUCGAGAUACUGACCAUGUUGUUUAUUUAUUAGUUGACAAUGAAGCUAACAACGGACUGGGCAGCGUGGUGGGAUUGUUGAAGACCGGAUCGAAGAACCUCUUCAUGUUCGACGAGACUGGCGCUCAUUAUCAGCUGAAGCCAAGAUGCGUUUUGGACUUCUAUGUUCACGAGUCACGGCAACGCAUGGGCCUUGGAAAUAUUCUCUACCAGCACAUGCUCUCCGAAGAGAAUAUUAGGCCCGUGAAAUUGGCGAUCGAUAGACCUUCAGAGAAAUUCUUAGCCUUUCUAGACAAGUACUACGGUCUCUCGAAGAUUAUUCCACAGAACAAUAAAUUUGUCGUUUUUCAAGGAUUCUUUGACGACGAACGUCAGGAUGUGAGGACGAAUAGAUACAGUUUACCUGCAAAGACCUCGAUUGACAUUGGUACUUCUAGCAUCGUACAUAACAAUCUCGGGAAGAGUAGCUCUAACUUAAAUGGCGUUGCCUAUUCUUCCCCCGUUUCACGCAGUUCGUUUGGUAGAUACGCCGCGGCACGACCGCCUUGUUCCAUGGCAAAUAUAAUCCAUAACACUGCUGUGCUUGGUCCAUCAGCCGAGCGUACUGGUGAAAAACCGAGCACGCCGGCUGCGACUCAACUGAAACCGGAACGACCACGAUCGUUGAGCCUUUAUUCGGAAGAAGAACAGAAGCAACGUACAAGCGAAUUGUCAACAGUACCAACACCUGCUUUACCAGACUAUCAACCGACUCCUUUAGCUACCAUUUUACGAGAGACAGAGAAAACCGAAAAAAAUAUGAAACCAUCACCCUCGUGUAGCCAAGAAGUAGCUGGUCCCAAUCAACAUACUCGAUUAGAUUUAAAAUUUUAUCAUUCUCCUUUAUGGUAAACGAAAACAAUGGAACAAUAUUAGAAUUAUAUCAUCUGCAUGUGCGACAAAAUUAAGAACGCUUUACCUCUGAUAAUAAAGUAUCGGAGGAAAGAUAAUUAAUAAUAAGCUUGAUGAAAAUUGGGCAGCUGUGGUAAUUGAGGUGAACGUUAUGUAUUAGUUUAUAUGACAAGGCGAAAAACGUGUACUAUAAUUGUUAAAAUCAAUUGUUUUUACUUUCUGUGAGAACAAUUAACAGAUUAUCAUUGGCCAUCGUUAAUUUAUACAUAUAUCAUGGGAUUGCACUUUGAAUAAAAGACGCAGAAACUUUUCAAUACUUAGUUUACUAUGACUAAUAACUUGAAACAUGAGGAGAAAUUAUAAAAGUUAUAGCUCCAAAAAAAUAAAAUCUAAAUGCUGAUGAUUUUUCGCACUUUUUCGAGCUCUAAUUAGGUUUAGCAUUCUAUUGAAAAAAAUAUUGGAAAUCUUUAUGCGUUUUUAAUUUGAACUCGAAUACCAGUAUAAUAACAGAAUACCUAUGCUGAAAAUGAAUAUCUAAUCGAUAUGUUUCAAUUGACUGAAACGAUGAUAAUAUUGAAAUUGUUAGUAAGUUAUUGUAGGAAACCAGAUUAAUAUCGUAGUACACGACUGACGUUCAUAACGUGUAGAUUGCAUAUAUACAUACAUAUAGGCUGGCUUGUAAUUUUAUACGUAGAUGAAAAUGGUACAAGACAUUUUUCAUAUAUUACAAAUGUAGCGAUACGUGAUUUGUACAAUAAACUUAUCAUUCCCCUUUUUUUUACAUUA